AGGUGCUUUUUUUUGCAGGAGCAUCCCCGUUUGUCGAGAGCCCUUAACUAACCCUGUGGACAGCGGUAUUUUCCACAUCGAAGUACCCCUGCCAUCACGAAGGAGUAUUCGGUAAGAGAAUUCGCUUCAAUAACUGCCUUGGAGAUAAUCUUUGCAACUUGUUAACCUGGUCCACAAAGAAAAUCAGCCAAAGAAGAAGAAUGAUGAGUAACUCCGCCGCUGUUUCUGCUGCUGCUGGCAGUACUACCAUCGCUGUCAGUGCCAUUACAAACCCUGUUAGCACUGGCAAUAUGAUGAGAAGCCCAAGGAAACGCCUGCCACUUACAGAUCUUCCAUCGCCAUCACGAUCUAAGAAAUUGGCAAGAUUGGAGCAGAGUCUUUUUGACCCUAACUAUGAGCCUUCUGACAGCGAGGGAAGUGAUAUUGAUCAUAAUGUUUCACCUGGGAGAUGCAACCACAAGUCUCUGAAUAGUAACCGUGUGGAACCAAAUUCUUUUCAAAAGCCAGUCGCGCGGACAACGGCAAAUGAAGGUAUCGCAACCAAGCCGGCAUCAGUAGUCACACUGAAUCCCGGGGAAGCCUUCUUACGGAACCUCAAAUCGAAAGAGACCCCCAAAGAAAGACCCCAGGAGAAAGAGACCGUCCUGCCAAUAGCCACAGAUCACAGCUCUGAUAAUGUCUCGAGUAAUUCUCAAGCGAACUGCUCCAUUCCUAAAACAACUGGAGGGUUGUCUGUGGUUGAGCCAUUGCCAGCACUUGAUCGGAACGAUAUUGCCUUCGCUACGAAAACAAUGACCACGUGCCUUCAGGCAAUGCUUCGGUAUACUGACGCGCAGACGCUGGCACAAAAGACAGAUGAGCAGUUAAAGAUAUCAGAAGCAGAGAUUCAUAACCUUCGCCAGCAGUUGAAUAGCAAAGACGAAGAGCUGAAGAAGAAAGACGGAGAGUUGGAGAAGAAAGGUGAAGAGAUAAAACUUCGUGACCAAGAGUGGGAAAGAAGAAUCCAAGUCAUCAAUCAACGCCUUAAUGACUCACUUAAUGCGAGACGCGAGCAAGAUGCCGAGCUUUUGAAACUCAAGAAUACCCAUGACAAGCUGCAACAGGACUAUAAAAAGGUGCGGUUGCAGCAGCUCCAAACCGGGAGCGAACGCCCAGUUCCCUGCCCAGAAUGUACGAACAAAGAUGCACACAUGGCAUCGACAUUUAAAACGCAGGGCUCUAUCAUUCAGGAGAUCAAAAGCAAAUUAACACAUACCAAAAGAAUGAUUGAAGAUACAGAGACCUUGACCUCGGGUUAUGUAUCCGAGAUACGAUGGAAAAUAGAAGGAUUCUAUGAUAAGUACAACACUAUCACUGCUAACAGUUCGCAAAUUGGAGAUAAGGUGGAGGAGUUGAUAAAAACAAUGGAAUCGCCGCCGGGGACGAAGCAGAAGACGUGGAUUUGAAGCCUGCCUUUGGGUUAUUGUAACAGUUCCGGGCCCAAAUUUUUACUCGGGCUACCUAGGUACUGUAUGGCCCUUUUGAAUGUAUGCAGCUGUUACCAAUAUAAUUGCUCUUGACCAUGACACCAAGAUUUGGUGUUCGAUAUAAUUGAUAUCGCUCGGUUGUGCUUCUCGUACGGUACAAUCAGGUUACUCGGAUGAUUAGACUGCUCAGAGAGCUGUAAAAGUCAAUUCGAAUUCAGGGCAGACUCCUUAAAAGCGAGUUUAAAGUCAGCUUGGAUCUUUCCGGGGGAUCAUAUAAUUCUUCAAAAACCUGGGUUUAUUCAACACCACGAAGCCCACAUCUCGUUGUAUGGACAGUGGUCAAAAGUAGAGACGUAGUCUCUGAUAGAAGCAAAAUCAGCAACUAAAAGACAAAGGGCAAGAAAUAAAUAGGCCUGCGCGGUGU